AUGGAUAAGCUCUUUCACCGCGGAGAGGCCCAUGAGGCCUACGAGGUGAAAUACACGACUGACCUCAACGAGCCAGAAGCAGUAGCAGCAGCGCAGCAGCAGCAGCAGCUGCUGCUGCUGCAGCAGCAGCAGCAGCAGCAACACGCAGCAGCAAAGACGGCGAAGGCGCUGGACGCGCUGCAGUGGAGCGCUGCAGCAGCAGCAGAAAAGGGCUGUGCUGUUGAGCUGUUGCUGCAGCAAACUGCAGCAGCAGCAGCAACAGGCGAAGGCUUUGCAGCAGAUGCUGCGCAGCUGCGGCAGUCACUUGAGGUAUUUUUAUUUUAG